AUGAACGCCCGCACAACAAUAGGUCUAAUGAGAAGCAAUGAGUGCCCCAGAGAGGCCAGCUCGAAACCAACGCCAUCGAGCGCGACACCAAUGAAUAAAACCAGCAGCUCGUUUGACUUCCACGCUGCACCUUCACUCACAGUCGCAGAUGACACACAAGCCACAGGCGCGACAGAACCGUCAUCACCAUCAGCCCGCAGGUCAACACACAUACACAAUGCUUGCCCUUCUCGGGACAUGUCAUCUGGUUCUGGAUCAGGUUUUCUCGGCGCACCGCAUCGACUCCCAGCUAGAGGAGAUUGCCAUGCCGCUCAGCAACAACACGUUGCAGCCCUUCUCCGACAAUGUCAGAGACCCGGACGAGCCGAAUCACCAUCGCCAACAUACGAGCCGUGUUUGAGCUCAGAAACACGUCGAAGAGUGGCAGCACAUGUCUUCAUCAUGGACAAGGUGGUGGUUUUGUUCACGGGAAGGCCGCCGCAGAUCAGUCGCCGUCAUGUUUCGACUCCCUUGCCGUUGGAUCUCGACGACCAAGAGCUAUUUGGCAGCGAGGCUGCCAUUGCCGAGUCGGUGCGCUCUCUCGACGAAAAUGGGUGGAACAGCAAGGACGGGCUCUACGCGGCGACUUGCCUUCGGUGUCGUUUGCUGAUUGCUUUGCUCCGGGACGAGCUCAUCGAAAUCGCCGUCGGGAACUGGAAAGAGGCUUCGACUGAGGCCCUGUUGCAGUUAAAGCAUCGAGAGACGGAGAUGGUGGCGAGCUUUCCCGACUCGGUCGUGUAUCGCGACGGAGAGUUUGACGAUCCUUUGGCUGACAUGGAACUUUUGUAUGCUCGGCUGCUCAUCAAAUUAGAGCAUCUGCAGAACCUGUUUGUCGUUGAGCGGCUGCUAUCGAGGCGUGGCCAUCGGGACCGAGGCGAGCUUCUGACGACGAGCUUUGAGCUGGUAUCGCGCACGCUACUCUUCUGGACCAACAAGGACCGCUUCAGCAUGGUCCGGGCAGGCUUUGCCUGGUUGGUGAUGGCUUAUGCCACUCCUAGUGGUGGAAUUCUCUGCAUGCAGCUUCUGAAGCCGAGUUUCAGCGGGCGACAUGCGCGGAAUCCCAAGAUUACGCGGUCCAGCAUCAUUCAACAACUGAGCCUCCUGAUUGGGUUUUUGGACUGGAUUGGUCCCAAUGGUCCGAAUGGCGAGCUCUGCGCAAACUGCAGCUCCGUGAUCCAACUUGUGCUGGAUCACACGUUGAACGCGCCAGAGGAUGAACGCUGGCCGCCGGUGCGCUUGGAUACAACGCAACUGGACUUUAAUUUUGAGCUCUUUGACACGUUUGACUGGCUCAGGCCGGACACGCCACUAUGA